CGCCCCUGGCCUGCACCCCUCUCCUCGGCCCCGCCCUUCCCGGCUGCCUCCGAGUGACGUCCUUCAAAGUUCUCAUUUUGGACCCCCACUUCCCCCUCCCCUUCCUCCCCCAGCUAAAGAGGGGUAGGGAGUGAUGCAAAUGUUUUAUUACCUUUGAGAGCUUCAUCUGAACUGUCAGGCCCGGAGGGAGCAAGGAGAAGAGAGAGAGGGAGUGGAAGAGCCGCCAAGAGGGUCAGCUUGGCCAGAAGACAGGACUUAGAAGAGCGAAGCCUGUACAGCCGCGAAGAAAAUGCGAGAGAGGAGAGGCAGAGGCGGAGAGUGAGAGGAAGAGAGGGCGCUGGGGGGUGGGGUGGGGCCGGGGUCGCCCAGGCCCGUUUGCAGAAGUGGACAGACCGGCGGAGCCGUAACCGAAGCCGUCAGACUUUUCACGCUUAGUCUUUGUUUUUCCGUGUUUUUCUUCCCCUUUUUCUUUUCAAUAUUGCAACUCUAGUGCCCCGUGGCCCAGAAGGGAAGGCGGGUCGGCGCGCCGAAUCCAGAGCCUUGGGGAUUGGUGGCACUGCCCUUUCUGGCGCAGCAGCCUCGGGCAGCGCCGGCGGAGGAAGCCCGCCCAGAGUCCAGAUUCCCCUGCGAGCUGGAUGCGCUCUCUUCCCUACGCGCUCAGAGCACCGAGUGGGAAUCAACCUCGUGCGGAAAGAGCAGAACAUCCAACUUAGAUUGGACGAGCGCAUCGGAAGGAAUCCUGCAUCCUUUGAACCUUUCUCCCCCAAAAGGGAGCCAGCCCCCACCUUCCCACAUCAGAGCGGAGAUUCAGCGACUCUAACUUUGUUACAAGCUCUCUGGGGCCAGCCGGAGUUUUGUUUUGCUUAUUUCCUGAGGGAUGAAGAUGAGAAGCAGCGCGUUUUGAGCGGCGAGGAAAAAGUGCGGAAGAGGGACGAGAUCGAGAAUCCAGGACGCAAGGGGGGGAAAGGACAGCCAAACCCACCCGGACGCUUGCCGGUCGCAGCGAGCCACCGCCUCUGGACUGGUGUGUGUGGACAUUUCUGCUGCGCAGUUCUGAGAGUAACUCUAGGCGGCCGCCUUCUUGGCCCAGUUGGCAGGUCGCCUCCGUGUGAGCGGAGCGACUCCUCGGACUCCUCGCUCGCGCCCUCCGCGCAUCUCGCUCCCCUGAGCCCCGCCAGGGGCACCGGCCGGCGCCCUCGCUGCGUGGCUGCGGGUUCCGGCCUGGUCGUGGGAUGUUAGCGGUGGGGGCGAUGGAGGGCACCCGGCAGAGCGCGUUCCUGCUCAGCAGCCCGCCCCUGGCCGCCCUGCACAGCAUGGCAGAAAUGAAGACCCCUCUGUACCCCACCGCGUACCCUCCGCUGCCCGCCGGCCCUCCCUCCUCCUCCUCCUCCUCCUCGUCCUCCUCGUCGUCGCCCUCCCCGCCUUUGGGCGCCCACAACCCAGGCGGCCUGAAGCCCCCGGCCGCGGGGGGGCUCUCGUCCCUGGGCAGUCCCCCGCAGCAGCUCUCGGCCGCCACCCCACACGGCAUCAACGACAUCCUGAGCCGGCCCUCCAUGCCGGUGGCUUCAGGGGCCGCCCUGCCCUCCGCCUCGCCCUCCGGCUCCUCCUCCUCCUCCUCCUCGUCCACCUCCGCUUCCUCCGCUUCGGCUGCCGCAGCCGCGGCCGCGGCCGCGGCCGCCGCUGCUUCAUCCCCAGCGGGGCUGCUUGCGGGCCUACCCCGUUUCAGUAGCCUGAGCCCGCCGCCGCCGCCUCCCGGGCUCUACUUCAGCCCCAGCGCUGCGGCCGUGGCCGCUGUGGGUCGGUACCCCAAGCCACUAGCUGAGCUGCCAGGCCGGACGCCUAUCUUCUGGCCAGGAGUGAUGCAGAGUCCACCCUGGAGGGACGCACGCCUGGCCUGCACCCCUCAUCAAGGAUCCAUUUUGUUGGACAAAGACGGGAAGAGGAAACACACGAGACCCACCUUCUCGGGCCAGCAGAUCUUCGCUCUGGAGAAGACUUUCGAACAAACGAAAUACUUGGCGGGGCCCGAGAGGGCUCGCUUGGCCUAUUCGUUGGGGAUGACAGAGAGUCAGGUCAAGGUCUGGUUCCAGAACCGCCGGACCAAGUGGAGGAAGAAGCACGCCGCCGAGAUGGCCACGGCCAAGAAGAAGCAGGACUCGGAGACCGAGCGGCUGAAGGGGGCCUCGGAGAACGAGGAGGAGGACGACGACUACAACAAGCCCCUGGACCCCAACUCCGACGACGAGAAGAUCACGCAGCUGCUCAAGAAGCACAAGUCGAGCGGCGGCGGCGGCGGCGGCGGCGGGCUCCUGCUGCACGCGUCCGAGAACGAGGGCUCGUCCUGAGCGCCCGGCCGGCCUCCGGCCCCUCGGCGGGGAGCGCGGGGAGCGCGCGGCCCGCCCGCGGGGCCCUCUGCUCUUUUCGAAGAUGGACAUUAUCUAUUUUUUUAACCUAGACGUCGAGGGGGCGGGGGAGAGAGACUCGGAGGAGGACCAGGCAGUGGCGGCCACCCAGGCUCCGCGCCAAUAACGCCACGGACGCCUGCAGCCGGGCGCCCUCCGGGGCCCGCUCGGGUCCAGGCCGCGUCCCCAGCCGCCCUCGGGCCCCCGCCCCGGC